AUGUUUUCAUCGACCUUUGCAAUAUUUUCGCUCUUUGUGAAUUUGCUGAUGGCAAAAGACGAGGCAGAGUUACACAAACCUUCCAAUUCAGCACCAGUGAAAUUCUUGGUCAAAGAUGCCAAUUCAUCAAAGUCGAUGUCGUUGCCAAGCAUGUCAUUAUCCUUCAUCUUCUUAGUAUGGAUCAACAAAAUGUCCUUACGACCCUUCUCAUCAGGCAAUGAAAUUUCAAUCUGGAUUUCAAAACGACCAGGACGCAAUAACGCAUUAUCAAUCAAGUCCAAUCUAUUUGUCAUUCCAAUGAUCAAAAUAUUGUUUAAUUGUUCCACACCGUCCAUCUUCGCUAAAAGUUGGUUGACAACAUUAUCUCCAACACCAGUACCAUCACUUCUGCUGCCACCUCUUUGUUUGAAGACAGAGUCCAACUCAUCGAAUAUAAUAAUGUGUAACUGGGAGUUUUCACCUUUUGCUUUGUAUUCCGCUUCAGCUUCCUUGAACAAGUUUCUGAUGUUUUCUUCGGAAGAUCCAACAUAUUUGGAAAGCAUUUCCGGACCGUUCACAAUCUUUGGUUCCUUGACAUUCAACAUUUUACCAAUUUGUCUCGCAAUCAAGGUUUUACCCGUACCUGGAGGACCAAACAACAAGAGACCCUUGACGUGA